AUGAAUACUCCUACGGCCGCUGCUCUCUUUCUUGCCUCUGCUUUCAUCGGUCUUAUGGCCAUUAAUGCCGCUCAAGCACGAAGUUUACCUGCAGAAAGAUUUGGCCUCAAAGUUGCAACAAUAGCUACUUAUAACCGCAGAAAAGCAACCCCACCACAACCACGACGGCCACCACCUCAAACUCAGCUAUCUUCCCCAAAAUCCAGGGAAUUUACUAGAAAUUAUCGGAGGUUGGCUUUGCAGCCACCACAAAAGAUGACUAGUUAUGAAGGGACCUUGAUUUCACCUCCAAAGCCUGCAUCACCAAAAGGCCAGCAUGAAAUUGAGUCUCCAUACACCGAAGAGAUUCCAUGUAAUGAUGGGUGCAUAUCUAUGAUUACAGAUUUGUGGAGGCCUCUUCCAGGCAAAUAUACUCCUCCAUAUGUAGCACCUCCUGUUGUUCAAAUAGCCCUUGAUCUUGAGAGAAUACUGCAUAAAAGAUCACCUCCUAGGCAAUACCUAGUUUCAGCUUGA